AUGAAAAACUUGAGGUUACACUCUUCUGGCGUAUUUAGCAAUGUUUACCGGGGCACGUUGCUUAGUCCAGGUGCCCGCAAAGAGAUUGCUGUCAAAAAAACUUGGCCAGAUGCGGAGAUGGAUGCGCAUGCGAACCUGGAACUGGAAAUUCUUCUGGCCGUGAGCAGCGAACGACACAAGAACAUUAUUCAGGUGCUGUAUACAUUUCGAACUCUUACUCCUGAUAAAAAGCGUCAUAUAUGCCAUCGUGACAUAAAGCCACAAAACUUACUGAUUGAGCCGAUUAGUGGCAUACUAAAAAUUGCUGAUUUCGGUUCCGCCAAAAUUAUUCGGAAAACAACGAAAUCAACUUCUUAUCAGGUUACACGCUUUUACCGUCCGCCAGAAUUACUGCUUGAAGCGACAUUCUAUUCACCACAAGUUGAUGUCUGGUCUGCUGGAUGUGUGUUGGGUGAGAUCACGAAAGGCGGUAUACUAUUCGCCGGUCGAGAUGCGAAACAUCAGCUGAAGUUGGUUGUCGAUGCACUGGGCAGUCCGGAUGAUGAUGAACUUCUGGAUAUGAAAGCAAACACGCGAUUCGCUGGCGGUCGUGUUGCUCCGCGCGGUUUCGAGUUCUUCCUGCCAAAUGCAUCCCCCGAGAUUAUUGAUAUCCUUCAACGAAUUCUCGUCUAUAGUCCCAAAAAGCGACUUUGCGGCAAAGCACUUCUGUCCGAUCCGUUUUUUCACGAGCUGUUUAUCCCAGACAAACGUCGAACCAACGGAAGCUUUGUUUCCGCCUGCAUCACCACCGACGAUUUGCAUAAAGUCCCUACAAGGCCGAAUGAUGCCUACCUUGCUAAAAAAACUCCUGUGCUGGUCUUUGAUAAGCUACUCCAAGCGUAUGUGGCUUAA